CACUGGGGAGAUUUACUUUUGCAACCUGUCCAGUAGACGGGACAGGAAGUGAGAAUAUCUCCAAAGUGAGGGAAAUUUCCACUUAGAUAAUCCUCAUCGGAACAAAUGUCCUCAAUGAAAGAUGUCCCCUCUAUACCUGGUGACAACUCUAAAAUUUUAGAUCUUUCAAAACUUUCUGUUCCAGUCAGGGGCGGACUGACAACUCAUGGGGCCCCCAGAAAUAGGGGAUCAUGGGGCCCCUGUGUCCUUGACCAAACUCAAAAAAGCCUAUGAAAAAGGUACCAGGGGGAUCUCAUGGGGCCCCCUACUGACCCCGUACCCUCGGGCAGUGCCCGAGUUUCCAAAUGGUCAGUCCGCCCCUGAUCACAAGUGUGACUAGAACCUUCA